GCCUAUUUCUCGCUCUAGUUUUGCUGCUCACAUCUGGAAAGGAUCUGACUUGGGAAAGGGAAAAUAUCUUUCUGUGCUCAGUGUGUGUAACUGACAUGGCAUGAACUAAGGGGAGCCUUUGGGGGCAAGAGAAACGCUUUUCUCCAUUCAUUUGAUCUCUGUCAACAACGUGGAAAUGCUUCCAAACAGCAGAUCCCUGCUGGUGCUGUGGCUUUUGGUAUUUAGCUACAAUAUGAUCCAUGGUCACAAUGAUGAAGACAAUGAGUUUCUGGAAAAUUCAUCCAAAUUACUGAAUCCAGACCCUAAUUUCCUGGCUCCGGACUGCCCUAGAGACUGUACCUGCACCCAGGAAGGAGUUGUGGAUUGUGGAGGGAUCGAUCUGAAAGAAUUUCCCAUAGAUUUACCAGAGUCAACAAACCACCUUUCCUUGCAGAAUAACCAGAUAGAAGAAAUCUUUCCAGAAGAGCUUGCACGUCUUUACAGACUAGAAACGCUCAAUUUACAGAACAACAGGCUCACUUCGAAAGGGCUUCCAGAGGAGGCAUUUGAACAGCUGGAGAAUCUGAAUUACUUGUACCUUGCAAACAAUAAGCUAACUCUGGCUCCGAAAUUCCUACCAAAUACCUUGAUCAGUGCAGAUUUUGCAGCCAAUUACAUCACAAAGAUUUAUGGGCUCACGUUCGGACAGAAGCCAAACCUGAGAUCUGUGUAUCUUCACAACAAUAAACUUUCAGAUGCUGGGUUACCUGAUGAUAUGUUCAAUGGCUCUAAUAACGUGGAGAUAUUGAUCAUGUCCAGCAAUUUCCUGAAGUAUGUUCCAAAGAACCUGCCUUCAGCACUAUAUAAACUACACUUAAAGAACAACAAACUAGAGAAGAUUCCCAAAGGAGCCUUCAAUGAACUUGCGGGCCUUCGAGAGCUGUAUUUGCAGAACAACUACUUGACUAAUGAAGGGAUGGACAAUGAAACCUUCUGGAAACUAUCCAGCCUUGAAUAUCUGGAUUUGUCCAGCAAUAAUCUUUCACAAAUCCCGAGUGGCUUACCUCGAAACAUCGUCCUCCUUCACCUGGAGAAGAAUGCAAUUAAGACGAUUGGCAGAGAUGUCUUGAUCCAAAUUAGAAACCUUGAGUACCUUCUACUUCACAACAACAAGUUAAAAGCCCGAGGGAUCCACCCGCAAGCCUUCCAGGGCCUGAAGAAGCUGCACACUGUCCACUUGUACAACAAUAUGCUGGAAAGGAUUCCCAGUGGGCUACCUCGGCGAGUGAAGACACUUAUGAUCCUUCAUAACCAGAUCUCUGAGAUUAACAGGAAUGACUUUGCUACCACUUACUUACUGGAGGAGCUAAACUUGAGCUACAAUAAGAUCACAAGUCCUCAUAUCCAUCGGGAGGCCUUCCGCAAGCUGAGACUGCUAAAGUCCUUGGAUCUUUCUGGGAACAACCUCCACACGCUGCCUUUUGGCUUUCCAAAGAACUUGCAGAUUCUGAAACUGAAGGAGAACGACAUAAGCACCAUUCCAAGAAGAGCCCUGGCAGGAAUGACAAAGCUGCAGGAGCUAUACCUGAGCAACAAUAAACUGAAAGUCAAUUCCAUUUACAGGGGAGCAUGGAGGGAACUCAGCAGUCUCCAGUUAUUAGAUAUGGGUGGCAAUCAGCUGAUCUCUAUUCCAUCGGACCUGCCAGGAUCCCUAGAAUAUCUGUAUCUCCAGAACAACAAAAUCACCAUGGUAUCAGAGAAUGCCUUUGAAUCCACACCCAACAUAAAGGGAAUUUUCCUCAGGUACAAUAAGAUAGCGGUUGGAGCAGUGAAGGAAAGUACAUUCCAAAGCCUAAAGCAUUUACAGGUGCUGGAUAUUGAAGGGAACUUUGAAUUCAGUGAUACUUCAAAGAACAGGGAUAAUUCAGAAGAGGAGGAGGAAGAAGAAGAAGAGGAAGAAUCAAGAUAACUAUGCACAUACUCAAGCACAUCAUGUGGAAAACGUAUGGAAAAUGACCUAUAUUCCUGUAUCUAUAUAUAGACAUACUGAGAGCACUUAGCGAAACGUGCGGUGAAUUACACCCAGACUAUUUGUGGCACUGGGCCAGGCUUGAUGAAGACAGCCUGUUAUAGUGCUUUCAUCAGGGAGAGACCCUGAAUGCCAUCCCGAAGCUUCCAAUUCAUCUUAUACAAGACUCUGGAUCAUAAGGAAUUGCUCUGGAACUCACAAAAGCUGGCUUUUGUUUCUUCUAUUUCUCUUCCCCUACCAUUUCCAUCUAUAAUAACAAUAUGGGACUGUUUUGAACACAUGCCUUCAGAUGCUGUUUCUGUCACUCCAUUUUAAGUGAACCAUAUAUACGUUUUGUCUCUUUUCUCUCACCCCAAACAGGUGGAUAGUUGAUCAAGAGGGAUGGGGAUUUACAGUAGCUUCAUCUGUGGAGCAGUAUAUGAGGCAUCUUUAUCACCAAACAGCAAUAAGAACAACCAGACUGGAUUAAUCCAUUCCUCUGUUAAUACAAUAUGUAUAUUUGGAUGAGAAAAGCAAGUUAAGGCUGGAUCCCAUAGUAACUUAUCCCUACUAUCAAAGCCUGCAGUAUACACCAGUGCUAGAAAGGUUUUUAAAACAAAGCAACAACUAUUGUACAUAUAUAAGAAAAGAAAUGCAUUUCUACAUUAUAGUCCUUGUCAAAGUUUCUGUCCCGCUGCUUUUUGUCCAUGAGGCAUUUGUACAAAUAUUCCAGAAUAGUGGCCAGGUGAAUGGACCAAAUAAUAUUUAGGAGCUGGACAGCAGCACACAUUCUCAACUAGAUGCAUACUGUAUAGCAUACAUACUUAAGAGCCUGAUCCUAUGACCACCAAAGCCAGUGAAAGUCGUGGGUACUCAGAACCUCUCAUAAGCAGACCCUAAGAUGUCAUUAGGACAGUUAGGGGAGGGGUUUCUCAUCACAGUGCCAGACUGGGGACCCAACCCUUGCAGGACCUCCUGUAAGAUCUUCAGUGCCCUCAGUUCCUACUGAAAUCAUGGAAUAGACAUGAAAAAAUAAGAAUCAAAGCAUAAGGGCUGUGAGGUUCUAAUCUGUUUGUAAUGUCCUUCAUCUGAGCAAUCUAAUCAGUGCAAGGAAGUUGUUGAUUCAGUGAGCGUUUCUGGUUGAGCACAUGUUGUUUUGCAUAAUGUGCUCCUAAGAUUUAUUUGCAGGUGUUGCAUUGGCUUGUUUCUACACCAGCUGUUUUCCCUACUGGAGAAAGUCUAGUUAUACAUUCUCCCUUUUGAUUUCUGCAGCACAUGAGUUAUUCCAAGGCCUUGCCAGUUCUCAUGUGGGGAAAAUUCAACAUGGCCACAAGUCACAGAAGAAAAAAAAAAGCAAAAAUUACUUCCAGAACAAAGAAAAAACAGAAAUCCAAUAUUAAAUGUGAACAAGAAAUACAAAUGUGAGCUUUAAUUAUGUGUUUGAGUCAAAAAAUCAACUGCCAACUGAUUUCUGGACUAGAUUUCCACAUAAAGCUGUAUAUGGAUCACUCAGAAUAACUAUCACCCCACAAAACAGAUCAAUUUACAGCACCCCCAAACUAUUGAGUGUAUUUCUGAGGUAACAUACAGAUAUCAGAGUUGCCAUGAGACCGUAGACAGCAACCUUUGAAGAUGUAAGCAGAGUAAUAAGAGAAAGCAUGGUUUAAAAUGUUGAAUAUAUUUUACAAAGUUGUCUCAAACCUGCAACCCCUCUCUUUGCAGCCCUGGCCAAUAUUUAAGUUACCUUAUGUACGAGUGAAUCUUCAGAAUCUUCAAACAGCUGAAGGUUUCUCUCUACCUAUUACUAUUGGAAUGCAGUGGUGGUAAAGGUGGGGUCCAUCUAACAACUUAUUCCCCCCACCACAGUCAAUCAGUCACCUGAUUUUUUUUCCAGGGAGUUGCUGAGCACCUUUUGAUUCCCAUUAAACUUUCAAUUUCAUUUGAGUGCUCCUGGGAAGCGGCUGAGUGCCCUCAUCUGCCUCUGAAAUUAAUAAGAAUUGAGAGUAUUCAACAUUUCCCAGGAUUGGGCCCCCUAGGGCAAGUAUCAGCAUUUGCUAAGGAAGGCCUAGAUUCAGUCUGAGGGCCAGAAUCUGCUUUCUUUUACACCAGUGUAAAUCUGGAAUAACUUGACUAAAAUAAAGAAAACUGCUCUGGCUUUAUACCAGCAUAACUAAGACCAGAAUCUGGCCUUAGGCUUAAAGAAGCCACUGUCUCCUCAAUAAAAAUAUGACACAAAAAAUGCAUUUUGUCCAUCACAAGCUAACCUACUUUGCUGCUCAAAAAAGAACUAUAGGUCUGAUUCCUCAUUGCACAGCUUCUUAUAUCAUUUCUGCUUGUGCAAAAUAGACACAAAAUUCUAUCAAACCAAAAUAGUGGGGUUUGCAACUCAGUUUGCACAGAUCUAAAUGUCUCCACUCCCUGCUCUUUGUAGAGAAUCAGGACCCCUUGUCCAGAUCCCUGGCUCUAUUCCAGCUAAGUGUGCUUUACCCUGUCAGCUCAGAAGGGCUAGAAAGCCAGCAUUACCAGCCAGCUGGGGAGUCCCUGGUUGAUGUAGAGCCAGCAUAUUUGGCUGUUGGCAGGAUGUGGCUAGGGCAGGGGGUAUGGUUGGAGUGCUUCUGCAUCAUGGAGAGCCCCAGCUGCAAAGACCUCUGGAGGAUUUGUCCCAGGGUCUUAACCACCCCCUGAAGCACUGAGGAUCAAGGGACCCAAAGAUCUGGGCUUCUGUUUUUAUCCCCUGUGACAAAAAUGAGGACAGGUUAGAAAUCAGCUGCUUAACUUAUAAUACUGCGCCAAGAAAAGAAAUAUAAUCUAGAGACCAACAUAACCACCACAGGGUAUGACUUUGUCUUCUCCCGUUACUCCUGUUGCUCAGACUUUGAGAAGAAAGAACUGAAGUUGAUAUGCAUGUUGUUGGUAGUGAAAUGCUCAGAUCUGGAAUAUCUGUCCUAGCAGCAUUUUACUGAGCCUGCAUUUCAACACACAGUAUGUUUGCAUGGCCUGUAUGAGGGUGUAUACAAAUGAAGGCCUCAAUUUAAUUUUUUUCUUAAAACCCAUUUUCCAUACUAAGGAGACAGUGCACAAGUCUGAAAAAAAGAAAAAUAAGAUUUUUCUGAGCUUGGACAAAAUUCUUCACUGCAGCAACGGUGCAAAUAUUUUUGACGGGAUCUGGUUCAUAUAGAGAAGAUGCAACUAAAAUUGUACAGCAUAAGGCCACGCACACACCAGUCAGUUCCAUGGUAUUGUAGAUGUGUAAUGGUUUGCAAUACCACCAGCACACCAACUGUUAUAGUAAACUUUUUAAAGAGGUCCUAUACAAAUACCCAAAAAAUCAAGUGCUACAGGCUAUUAAACCAAGAUCUUUUAAAAAGUAAAGCGGUGUUAGGAGAAAUAUAUUGUUUAAAGGUGAGAUUUUUUGAAGUGCUUAAGGAAGAUAGGUGCUUUUUAAAAUCCCUCCCUAAAAUGAUCCUUGUAUUUUAGAACACUGUAUUAACCUUGACCGGUUUUGAAACUUCCCUAGACACG